CUAUUUUUGUCAUGAUCAUCACUGUCCACAGUAAAGUUUAAAAAAAAAAAGAAAAGUAAAGGUAAACUGCACUUAACAUAGUUUUCGCAUAAAGAAUACCAAACACAGUAUCUAAAACAUGAUUGUAUCUGAUAUCAGUGACCCCAUUUGCUAUUGAAUUGUAUGUCCUUUAGCCUAAAUCCAUUGAUUGCGAUCAGCAACCCAGUGCGUCAACCCAGUGAGUUAUCAGGGGUGAAGAGGAGCACUGUAUGUGUAGGUUCCUGUGUGGUUAAUGUUCACGUGGCGACUGGGAUAGUUAAGUUCAAAGGUCAAUGCUUAAAGAGUGGUAUUACAUGCAGCCUGAGGACAGAUAGAGUCCAAACACCGGGAAGUACAAUGGUCGCAAUCACAGAGUUUCAGAAGAUCGGAGUUGGGCUGGUGGGCUUUGGAGUGUUUUUUCUCCUCUUCGGUGUCCUGCUGUACUUCGACUCUGUGCUGUUGGCAUUUGGAAAUGUGCUAUUUCUGGCCGGCUUGGCCUUCAUCAUCGGCCUAAGGAGAACAGCACAUUUCUUCUUCCAGAGACACAAGCUGAGGGCCUCCACGUUCUUCCUGGGCGGGGUGGCUCUGGUGCUGAUGCGCUGGCCCAUCCUGGGCAUGGCUGUGGAGAGCUACGGCUUCAUACUGCUCUUCAAGUCAUUCUUCCCUAUGGUGUUUGGAUUUUUGGGAUCUAUGAUAAAUAUUCCAAUUCUCAGCUCGUUCUUCAACAGUUUAUCAGGGAGCAGUUCGUCUAUGGUGUGAGAGCACUACAGUGAACAGUAGGAGUCGGCAGGGGUCAGGUGGAGCCCAGUCCAGAUAUCAGAAAGGAUAUGCACGUGCACAGUAAAAAUGCAGCGUUAAUUCAACACUUUAAGAGUACUCCGGGACCAAAUCAACUCUUUAAGUGUGGAAUUAACAAAAAAAAAUGUUUUUACUGUGUGUUUACUUCGCACAUGGACCUGCCAACAUCAUUGUGGGAGUAAGACUCACCAGACAUUUACACAAGACUUUAAGUCAGAUACACAAACAUUGUAUGUAUUUAUGGUAAUCAUUUUAAAGUUGUAUUUAUGAAGUUUGUAAAUAAAGAAACCCAU